UUCAGAAGUUAGUGCACUUUCUUUAAAAAAGUAGAAAACAUGGGUCGCAUCUUCGCUUCGCUAUCACCAGUUGGAAUUUUAGUUUUAUUAUGCUGGUCUAUUACGAUCGCAAAUGGCCUUUCUGUAGAGGAGCGCUUGCAACAAUUAUCUGAUCAGUUGAUUGAAGUGAGACAAGUAUUGAAAGAGAAUGUCGUUCAACUGGAAAUCAAAGACGCCAGGCUAGAAGUGCUCGAACAAAAAGUUGCCAGGUUGGAACUCGCCCUGGAGAAUGAACGAGUAGUCAACUCAAAAUCCAUUUUUAAAUACGUCGAUGCAGUAAACGCCAUCAGGUCAGGUGGAAAGAGUGGCAGCAUCCACAGAACGUGCAGAGAGGCUCAUCUAGCAGACCCAUCUCUCACUUCCGGAAUGACCUGGAUCGAUCCUGACGGUCAGGGAGUUGGGGACAACCCCAUUUACGUAUACUGCGACAUGAUCAAAGAAUCCACAUCCAUCCCACACGAUAGCGAAGGACCUUUGAACGUGGGCCAUUGCGCCGAUCCUGGUUGUUAUUCCAGAGCCAUCAACUACAACGCCACUAGCAGACAAAUGUCAGCUUUGGCUGAGUUAUCGGCGGAAUGUCAUCAGAUAAUUAAAUAUGAUUGCAACUUUUCUCCUUUUGAAAUUGGCGGGGUUUCUUAUUGUUGGUGGAACGACAAAGGAGGCAUUGCCAAAUAUUUCUGGUCGGGCAACAACACAGACACCCACACCUGCCAGUGCGGGAUCGAUGGAAAUUGCGUCGAAACUUCUUUCAAAUGCAAUUGCGACUCUGCUGCGCCUAUCCAGUUAUCCGACAAUGGAGUCAUUACUGAUAAAACUAUUCUGCCCAUUACUCGGCUGAAUUUUGGUCGAACUCAACUAGAGACUUCGUCAGGUGUCCACACACUUGGCCGUUUUGAAUGUACCGGACAAGUGAGCAUCACUGGAAUGCCAAAGUCAUGCGAAGAUUUGUGGAGAAAGGGGCACACCUUGAGCGGAUUAUAUUCCGUUAUGGGAACGGCAAUGAUUGAAACUGUUUAUUGCGAUUUUACUAAACUGCCCUCUGAUCCAGGUUUCCAGACGUGGAUUGGUUACGCAGAUGUUAAAUCAUCACCUACCUACUUCUACGCUCAAAGAAACGCACAGCUUAGCGAAAUUAAGAUCCCCAUUCCAUUCGACGUUGAACUACUAAACGUGGGAGGAGCCAUGAAUUUUACAUCAGGCAAAUUCACGGCACCGGUCGCGGGCAAAUACUUUUUCUCCUUCACGGGACUGGUACAAUUUAGCGGAUCUUCGACUCAACAAUAUGGUCAGGUUUCUAUGUACAAGAACGGGGAUCUAACUGCAAAGAGUUUUUCUGACGAGAUCAGCGCCGCUAACCAGUAUGAAACCAUUUCCCUUCAGUCAACGUUAAAUUUGAGCAAGGGAGAUCAAAUCUGGUUAGAAAUUGAUUCCUUGACACCAGGGACGAAUUUGAAUGGAUAUGGAUACGACCAAUUUAAUGGUUUCCUGCUCGAAGAAGACAUUUCCCAGUUUGUAAAAACGUUGCUGGUGUGAUGAUUCGAAAUGAAAAUGUUCAUUUAAAAUUCAAGACAGAAAUUAUUUACUGUGCGAUUGAAAAUUACUAAUUGACUUUCUCUGCUGAUUUCUAACAAUAAAACUAUUUGAUC